AUGUCUUACGCCGACGUUGCUGCUAGCGGUCCCAAGCAGAGCCCUGAGGAGUUUCCAGCUCUUGCUCGUACCCGGUCCAGCGUGCUGACAGAAUGUAGUCGCGCCCCUGCUGUUCCUGAGGUCGCGCAUACGGAGGACUCCGUCUCUUCUCUUGUCGAUGUAGACAGCCCACACAUCUCCUCGGUACCCUCGGACUACGAGUCGCAAUCCGUCAAAACCGACACUCAAGCCGCUCGCCAGGAGCGUGAGGCAGAAGUCAAGGAUGCCGCUAAAGAAAUUCGCGAUAGCGCCGCUGCUAAGAAGGAGAAGGCCAAGGACAAGGCAAGGAAGAACGCCGAUAACCCCGUCGUUCUGAGCAACGCUGUUGGUCUUGCCGUCGUCACUGCUGCUCUCGGCUUUGGCGCAUACAGGAAGUACAGCCGCGGCGAGUUGACCGGCAAGGUGGUUGCGGCCUGGGCUGGUGUCGUUGGGUUGUUUGGUCUCGGGGAUUACUACGUGAGCCAAUACUUCUUCAAGCGCUACCCCCCUAAGAACUAG